UAGGCUCCUGCUUUUUGCUGCUUUACCUCACAGGAAGCCAGCUACGAGUGUCUACAGUGAAUGUUGUAAACUAAAAGGCGUUUAACUGCCAAGUUCAUAUAGUAAAACUGUCAGGUAUCUUUCAGCUGCAUAAUCGGUAGCUGCUGCUUUUGAAAAAAAAAAUUCGCGACGAGAACACUCACUAAUGUAUAUGCCCGUUUCAGCGGCUGUUCUGUCCACUUAUGCUACCCAAAAGCAAGUAAGCCAGAGAUGCCAGAGAUCAGCAUCCCAGAUGCAGUGCUGCGUACCAGUUCGGCUGCCAAUGUGCAAAUACCAGCAAGUGAUGGAGGGUGCAUGGAGGCUGGACCAUCAUGCAUUCCAACUGGGGGUGGUAAGUAUUAUUUUUCUUCUUUUCUUCUUUCUGGGGUUUUAUGUGCCAAAACUAGUUCUGAUUAUGAGGCAUGCCGUAGUGGAGGGUUCCGGAUUAAUUUUGACCACCUGGGGUUCUUUAACAUGCACUGCAACACAAGCACAGAGAUGGUUUUUGCAUUAUUAUUAUUUUAAGCCCUUUAUUUACUGUUCUUUCGCCCUCACGGGUGGUACAGAUGUAAUCCUACAGAGAAGUUUGUCACGCAUUGCACCAGCACCAAUUGACGGGAAGGCACAAGCUCAGGCCAGAUUAUCGGGCAUCAGGAAAGGAGGUGGUGCUGCUGAAUGGAGCGAGGGACAGACAAAGCUGCUGCUAGAGUACUACUAUAAGUACUUCCCACCGAUUGGCCCAUUCAAGAAAUUUAAAAACAAGAAACAGGCUUUCAAGCAUAUCUCCAUGGAUGUUGAAGCUAUACUUGGCAUCAAGAAAACACCAGAGCAAUGUGAGCACCGUUACAAGACUGUGAUCAGACGUCGCAAGGCCGCCUCAGAGAACAACAACAGAUCUGGAGCAUCACCGAGCCCUGUGCCAUUCGAUGACGAGAUUCGCAAAAUAGAAACCAUUGACGACAGCAUUGAACCAGAAGUGCAAAGAGAUGCCUCGGGGGUUAUUUUCAAGGAAUCGCCAGAAUCUCCAAGGCUUGGUUCACCAAAUGCUGAGAGCAUUGAGAUAAGUGAAAGCCAGUCGCCAAAUGCUGAUGUAAUACCGCGUACAAGCACUGUACACCUGCAACCCAUGAAAUUGUUUUUUUUUUCUGAAAUGAAGGCUAAUAACGAAGAGCGAGAGUGUCGGAAAGCAGCCAGAGAUGCCGAGAAAGAAAACCGCAGAGCUCAACGGCAGGUAGAGCGACAGGCACUUAUUGAAGAAUGGAGCAAAAUGCACGAUGAGAAAAUGGAAAUUUUGCGUCAAGCCUUCGGUCUCCAGAAAUAAAAUAUUUCAUAUUCA